AUGCUAACGUCAUACAACAGAACACAAAUCAUCCAGAUCCUCGCUCCAAAGGUGGUGUCGUACGAACAGCAGGACACGGAACUCAAGCUCAUUCUUGCGGAUACUUACGAAGCGGACAACGACUUCAUCAACUCGGCCAAGACACUCCAAACCAUUGCACUCGAAUCUUCCCAGCGAACUGUCAGCGAUGACGAAAAGGCCAAAGUGUGGAUGCGAAUCUGCCGAUGCUACCUGGAGGAGGACGAUCCCACCAACGCUCUCACCUACCUGAACAAGAUCAAGCAAAUCAUUUUCAGCGUGACCGAUCAGCCCACCCGUUUACAAUUCCAACUUUGUCAGGCUCGGAUCAGCGAUUCGCAGCGCAACUUCCUCGACGCCUCUGCAGCAUAUCUCACUCUAUCCAACGAAGCUGUCAUUGAUGAGGAAGAGCGCUUGCAGGCACUUUCAGCCGCCAUUACUUGCGCCGUACUAGCGCCUGCUGGCCCGCUUCGUGGUCGUCAACUCGCCAAGCUGUACAAGGAUGAGCGUACAUCCGACACGCCAGAGUACAGUAUACUGGAGAAGAUCUUCCUCGAUCGUAUCCUUGCACCAUCCGAAGUUGCUGCAUUUGCAGCCAACCUCAAAGACCACCAACUCGCCAAGACGUCUGAUGGCAGCACUGUUCUCGACAAGGCAGUUCUGGAGCACAAUCUCCUGGCGGUUUCAAGAAUCUACGCAAACAUCUCCUUCCAGAACCUUGGUGGACUGCUUGGUGUGGAUGCUGACAAGGCAGAAGUGUAUGCUUCUACMAUGAUCGAGAGCAAUCGUCUGUCCGGAUCGAUCGAUCAAAUCGCAGGCGUGAUUCACUUCAACACCAAGGAGAGUGGUCUUGCCAAGAUGGAUCUUCGUGCAUGGGAUACGAAUGUGCAGAACCUUGCCGAGGAAGUAGAGAAAGUCACGACGCUGAUUCAGAGGGAAGAACCGGCGUGGUAUGAGCAGCAUGUCGCUGCUUGA